AUACUAACAAAUAAAAUGGCGUCGGAAAGCAGCUCUGAACAGCUGGAGGAGGAGAAAGCUGUUCUCUUACCCUCGGCUCGUGAUGAAGAACAGCCCAGUGGCGCAGUGGCGACACAAAGCGAGUCCAAACUGACGCUGUAUCACUGGACGCAGUCCUUCAACUCUCAGAAGGUGCGUUUGGCCAUAGCAGAGAAAGGUCUGCGCUGUCAGGAGUAUGACGUGAGUCUUCCGCUCAGUGAACACAACGAGCCGUGGUUCAUGCGUCUGAAUCCGACGGGUGAAGUUCCCGUCUUGGUCCACGGUGACGACAUCAUCUGUGACCCAACGCAGAUCAUGGACUACCUGGAGCGCAACUUCAAUGAUGAUGGCACUCCCAGGCUGGUGCCUGAAGAGGGCAGCACAUACUAUCACAGAGUUCAGCACUACCGAGAGCUGCUGGACUCUCUACAGAUGGACGCCUACACCCACGGCUGCAUCCUCCACCCUGAAAUCACAGUGGACUCCCACAUACCGGCAUAUGCUGCCACAUGCAUACGAACACAGAUCGGAAACACACAGACUGAGCUGAAGAAACUGGCAGAGCAGAAUCCCGAGCUCAAAGAUGCUUAUGUAGCAAAACAAAGGCGCUUAAAGUCUAAAUUGUUGGACCACGACAACAUGAAGUACCUGAAGAAGCUUCUGGACGAAUUGGAGAGUGUGAUGGACCAGGUGGAGACAGAGCUCCAGAGGAGGGUGGAGGAAACACCAGAAGAAGGCAGUCAGUCCUGGCUGUGCGGUGAGUUCUUUAGCAUGGCCGACGUCUCUCUGGCAGUAACCUUACACCGCCUCAAGUUCCUCGGCCUUUCCCGCCGCUACUGGGGCAACGGUAACCGUGUCAACCUGGAAACGUACUACGAGCGUGUGGUGGAGCGCCCGGCCUUCAGGAGAGUUCUAGGCCAUGUCAACAACAUCCUGAUAUCAGCUGUCCUGCCUGUGGCGUUUCGUGUGGCCAAAAAGAACGCACCGGUAAUCGUUGGUACGACGCUGCUGAUAGGAAUUCUAGGCGGAGCGACGUACUUUGCUUUUCUUUACAUGAAGAAGAGGCUUACCGCGUUUAGCUGAAGGAGUCAGAGGUGUUUGGUGAACGGUUGCAUAUGAAAACGCACAUUUAAGCAGAUUAAAAUACACAGAAUAAUAUGAUUCAUUAACAGUAGUACAUCAGCAUCAGUUCGCCGUGUUACUGCUGUGGUAAAUGUCUGAUUUAAAUGCCAAUUUUACUGCAUGUUGGUUAUAUAUCAUCCUAUUCCUCAUGAUGUUUGGGAUGUUUUUAUAGCCUUACAAAUUGAGUGCAAGUUGCCGAACAGAAUUUCAUUCAUAGUGGGAACAAGUAUGACAGGCAUGCAUGUGAGUUUAGCGGCUUGGGGCUUUAAAGGCUUUGGAAAUCUGCUCUGGUAAUUUUUCACAUGAGUGGUUUGUUUUUACAGUGCAUUCGGCAGCACGUAAACGUCCCGUUCCUCUCGGACAAAAUGAAAACACGUAGAUUUUUUGACCGCGUGCCAUGCAGUUGGAUCAUAACUCUGGCACAGAUGUGAACCGAUACAAAUAGAUUUUCAUACUCUAGUGAAAGUAUCGGCUGCUUGACUAAUGUAAGGCACACUUGGUUUACAGUAAAUGGGCUAAACAUUCAUAAAAUAUGAGUGGUAUGGUAAUUUGAGUGUUUUUGUGUGCACAAAAGAGCCUUAUCAAAACAGUUGACCACAGCUUUGUAGCAACUUCCUAUUAUCACACCUGCAUUCACCACACGACUGAUGGACAAUAUUCUUUGUUUCUCAACAGUUCAUUUGCAACAUUCCAGUGAUGUUUACAUCAUAUGCCACAUCUGUCUGAGAUUAAACUGCUUCCAAACGA